UAAAUUGGACAGGAGAAUUUAGCUAGUUGAGCUGUUGUCAGUUUCAGACACAAGAUUUGGCAAUAUUUUGUCAAAUGUGUAGCCUGAUAGUUUACAUAAUGUAAAGUUAUAAUAGCCAACGGUGGAUGAUCAGGUUGGGCAUUUAAUAGUUUAAUUGUGAACUAAAUGCACGGCUAAUAUUUUAGAGAUUUAUUUUAGUUCAAGAGAAAAGUUGGAGGAAAUCAUGGUCAUCACAAAAGAAGGCUGGCUGCUAGCAAGAAGCUAACCAUGUUGGAUACUUAUCAUAAAUAAAUAUUGAAAUACGGGCUAAUUUAAACGGAAAAAGAGGUCGCUAAAACUACUGAUUGUGAGCUUUGAUACGGUUGCCUGUCGAAGUGCUUUCGGCUGCUUCAUUUUGCACUUGGGGGGAUGUCGUGCAGAAGUGAAGCGGCUCGGGGGGGCACCCCUUGUCUACAACCACUUCGAGCCACUGUCCCAUUCCAGCUUCACAACAAAGCACAACCGCGCUGCAAAGAUUCCAAGACUGGCGACAGGAGAAAGUCUCGCCCCCCAAAGCCGACCAUUCGUCGCACCCUGUCCCUGGAUACAAUUGUUGGACCAUAUCUGCAGGGCCGGUGGCCCAAGGAGGCAGAGAGCCAAGGAGUCACCUGUGUCAAUGACAAGGCCACGCAGACUCCCAGCUCCUGGGCAGAGGAGACUCGGGGAAGAAGAAGUGUUGGCGGACACAAACGCUCAGCAUCAUGGGGCAGCGCAGAACACUUGAGGGAUGUGGUUAAGCUCAAGCACCAGCUACAGAAGCGCUCCCGACACGCCCCUCCCUCUGGGGGAUAUGAGCGUCCCCACCACCCCCUACCUGGAGGCCAUGUACCAGGCGCUACACAGACGGUGCCCCUGACACCCCUGAGCAGGUUGGCCCCUCGGCUGCGGCGCAGUGUGGAAGGUCUGAACCUGGAGCUGGAGGGAGUCUUUGUGUCAGAGACACCUGAGGACCAGCACAAGAUCCUGGAUGUCCCAGAUGGCCACAGAGCCCCAGUUCCUGCCCAGAGGUGCAGCAGUGGUACCCAGAGUGAGCCCUCCCCUGCCUCGUUCGACUCUGCUUUGCUCUCUCCAUCUGAGUCUCCCUGUGCCCUGAACCCAGCUCUACUCUCCCCAUCUCAGUCUCCCUGCCCCAUGGGAGAGCCAGACCCUGUGGACUGUGAGACCGUGUGCCCCUCUCCAGUAGUUCUGGAUCCCUCUCUGUUGCAGCCCUCCUCCUCCCCUCGUCCCAACAAGACCUACUCCUUCCAGAGGGAGCCUCCUGAAGGCUGUGAGCGAGUACGCGUAGUGUGUGAAGAGGCUAUGUCUCCCUGUCAGAGAGAGCCUCUCCUCCAGGUAUCCUGCCCUGACCCCAACAAGGUGAAUUUCACUCCCCAUGGAGGCUCUGCCUUCUGCCCUGUCAGUCUGCUCAAGCCCUUGCUGCCCUCCAUGGACCUCCUGUUCCGCGGCCUGUCAGUCUCUCCUGUCACAGGCUGCUCAGGUCAAGGCUCUGCCCCCUACCAGACAGUUGGGCAUUCGGUUGGUGGCUACAUGAGUGGACCCCUCCAGGACACAACCACCAUGUGACUGUGGAGAUGGGGUUGUUCUCAGACUAAUGAGGAUGGAUUUAUCCUAAUAGGAGAUUAAAUGAAGAUGGCUGCCACCACCUUGUCAGGGACUGUUAUGACAAGCCUCCAGAUCUAUUCACCUAAGAUCAACAAAAAGAGAGACCUCUACAGUGGGUUCUCUGUGGGAUCAGGAUCAAAUCUGUCAUUGGUGUUCUAUCCCGAUUCUCAGAGGGACUUGCUGCUCUGGGUACAGUGAUAGUCACUUGCCCCCUUGGUUAGGGGGGGUAAAUAAGUUGUACAAAUGUUUGUGUGUGACAUAUUUUUAAUCUACACAACUUGGCCUUGCUCUGAUACCCUUAGAUUUGUUUUAACUAGAGCUUGGAGUCAGAGAUGUACUAAUUAGUGAUGCCCGGAUUGACUCAUAACACGCUGUCCCCGCGGUUAUAUCCGCGGGGUGGACGGGUUUAGAGUCAUUAAAUAUUGUGUGGCGGGUGGGUGGCAGGCUGGUUGAAUAAAGAGAAACAAUACCUUAUAAUAUCCAUAAA